AUCUGUAACAAUUCCAAUUCCAUGUGUUGUCUGUGGUUUCGUAAAAGACGAGAAAACUUGUCUUAAAAUCGCUCUUUUUACAUAAAUCUCAGUAUUUCUUUACUUUAUAUUACAAUUCUGAAAUGUGAAAUCAUAUUAUGGAUUAAAUAUUGUCCAUAAAUUUGUACAAAAUGGGCACUAACGGCAACGGCCGCCGCGGAGGGCCUGAUGUUCGCCGCCCCAUGGAAGAAGGGGAUUGUGUUAACGAUAUGGAGAGCCCCGAGCUCGAUUUCGUGUACGACGACUGUGACACUCAAGCCAACGAAAUAGCCGAAUUAUACAGUUACACCGAGCAUCCAGAAUACCAGCUCAAUGUUAAAGCGUUUGAAGACAUCAUGGAAGAGUUCAACUAUCCACCAAGUUGGCAAAGAUUAACAAAUAAACAGCAGCGCACCGUAGUCAUGAAGUUAUUGGAGCACUUGGAUGUUGCUGUGAGUGAGAUACGUAUGCGCGCUACUCGCUGUAUACUGUAUUUAGCGCAAGGCUGCUGGGCGGAGAUGCAGUCUGAUGCCGAGCAAGCACACUGGGCCCGUGUCAAUGUCAUGAUGCUGUACGAUAUGGGGACGUUUUCUGCCUUUGUCGAAUUAUUGAACCUCGAAAUUGUACGAAGCAGUUCUGCUAUAGCUUCCAGGAAGCUUGCAGAAUCUCUUGCUGACUCAACAAACUUACGAGUUAUUCUAUCAGUUCUGUAUCUUAUCACAGAAUAUAUGAGAACAGAAAAAGACAAUCCUGAAACUGAAUACAAACAUUUAGUUAAAAACUUUAAGGAAGAGCUGGGAGCACCGUUUGGAGAAGAACUACUACCAGUGAAGCUGUUGAGCAUGGUGACACAUCUGUGUGCUGGAACCACACCCCACUUUCCUAUGAAAAAAGUGCUCCUUCUUCUAUGGAAAGUUUUACUUGUUUAUUUAGGAGGGUCAAAGGAACUUAAGGAACGCAAAGCUAGGCUUAGGGAGAAGUAUGACCUGCCUCCUCUAUCAGAAGAUACUAUUGAGAUCAUCAAAGGUAUGAGAGCGAGUUCUCCACCUCCCAGUGCAGCUGAUAUGCUUGAGAAUCAAAAUCCUGGCCAAAGAAAACUAUUGAAAGAAAAUGAACGAGAAGGCAAAAUUCGCAGACACCUAUUUAUGAAACAAACCUCACUAGAUGAAUCAGAUGAGCAAAUUUUUGUGGACAAAGAAGAAACAGGCAAUGGCUCAGAAGAUUAUUCAAUGGAAUUUCAGUCUAUCCCAAGUGAGGGUUCACAAUCAGAAAAUAAUCCUAAUUGCCCCUACUACAUGUAUUUCAAACAGUUUGACAGUCCACCUCCCCCACCUCCACUCCCUCGAAGUCUUCCAUGGCAAUCUAAAGUGCGCCAGAAAGAUAUUGACAUGUUUCUUGAUAAUGUCAGAAUCAAGUUUGUUGGGUAUUCCCUUCCUGGAGAUCGACAAACAACAGCAGGAUUACCACAGCCCAUACACGAAGGAAUAGACAUACUCAAAAAACACGUGUACACCAGUCUCUCAGAAUUACAGGCAGAAAGAGAACUUGAGAUAGCUCGAAGCCCACUCACAAGAGGAGAAAAAGAAGUUGAAGAAACUGAAGUGGAAGUCUUAUAUAAAGCUAUGCUACCCAAUUUACCACAGUACAUGAUUGCACUCUUAAAAAUCCUUUUGGCAGCAGCACCCACAUCUACUGCCAAAACUUAUUCCAUCAACAUAAUGGCUGACUUAUUACCUGAAGAAAUGCCCAUGACUGUUCUCCAGUCCCUCAAGCUUGGCAUUGAUGUAAACAGACAUAAAGAAAUCAUUGUUAAAGCAGUUACUGCAAUAUUAUUACUGCUUUUGAAACAUUUAAAAUUAAAUCAUGUAUAUCAAUUUGAGUUUAUGGCACAGCAUUUGGUUUAUGCCAACUGUAUGCCAUUAGUGCUAAAAUUCUUCAAUCAAAAUAUUUUGUCAUAUGUUGGAGCUAAGAACACUAUACCCAUAUUUGACUUCCCAGCUUGUGUGAUUGGAGAACAACCAGAACUGACAAAGGAAUGUCUGGAUAUUGGUGAUUCAACUGUUCCAUACUCAUGGAGGAAUGUAUUCUCAUGCAUCAAUCUAUUAAGGAUUUUGAAUAAGUUAACUAAAUGGAAGAAUGCAAGAAUAAUGAUGCUUGUUGUAUUUAAAAGUGCACCUAUCUUAAAACGUACAUUGAAAGUAAGACAUGCUUUGAUGCAAUUUUAUGUAUUAAAACUACUUAAAAUGCAGACCAAGUAUCUGGGCCGCCAGUGGAGAAAAACCAAUAUGAAAACAAUCAGUGCAAUAUAUUCUAAAGUAAGACACAGAUUGAAUGAUGACUGGGCGUUUGGUAAUGAUGUUGAUGCAAGACCAUGGGAUUUCCAAGACGAGGAGUGUGCCCUGCGAGUAAGCGUUGACCGCUUCAACAGCAGAAGAUAUGGCUCUGGUGGGGAGCAAGAAAUUGAUUUGACUCCACUUGAGACAGAUAUAAAUAGUGUAUUAGAAGCAAAUAUUGAACUUGAUGAAGAAUUCAAAGAUAAUUAUGAAUUAUGGCUUGAACAAGAAGUUUAUAACAAUGAAAUAAACUGGGAUGUAUUACUGACUGCAUGAAAUGUUAUAUUACUCAUUAGAUUUCAUGUAAAACAACUUUAUGUUUUUGUACAGAUAGUUUAUAAUUUUUAAAUAUCUCUUAUUCAGAAGCAUGUUUUAUUAAAUAGAAAAUUGCAUAACUUUCUUAAAAUGUUUUCUUAUAAAUCUGUCUUAUUAUUGUAGUUACUUAAUUAAGUUACACUGAGUAUUUUUUUAAUAUUUAAAUAAAACUAUCAUGACAGAGUUCUUGUGUAAAACAAAUACAUUACUAAAUAUUAACUUGAAGCUAAAUUAUUAUGAAUAUACAUUAUUUUAGUCAGACUAGAUGUAAAAUGUGUGUAUGUUAUUGUAGUUAACAUUUUAGAGCUUGUGGAUAAUGAAUUAUGUAUAUUAAAAUCAUGUAUUAGUAACUAAAGUCACACGAAACAGAACUGAACUGACCAUAACUAUUAUAACUAUAAAUGAUUUGUGUAACAAUUUCUGGAACCUAUAAUGAAAUUGAAAGAUUUGAUAUGUUAGUAUUUUGAACAUGCUUAAUACCUACAUACAUAUAAAUUAGCUACAUCUAAAUAAAAUUUUAAAUUAACA